CACACUCAUCCAUGUCAGGCAGAUUAAGUUUCUUAUUUUAGAAAGGACUAUGAAUAACGACUGUACUCUUCCUACGCACAAACUUACUCGAAACCAAGAACAUCACUACAUGGUAUCAGCUCUCUACCAUGUUCUCUCCGGCACCGAUGAUUGUCGGAUGGACGGUGAACCAGCUCAGCUUUUACGGGAAGUUCAAAAUGUAUCCACGUCAGAUAAUUCCAUGCCACGUAGGGACAUUAUUAUGGACUCGGACUCAGUUCAGCCAGGUGCUAGUAGUUAUCACAUUGGGAAUUCUUUGAAUGUGGAGUUGCAACAGGGGAAGAAGAGGAGGGGGAGGAGAAAUACGAAGAAGGAAUUUAGGGGAGUGAGACAAAGGCCAUGGGGAAAAUGGGCUGCAGAGAUUCGUAACCCACAUAAAGCUCAAAGACUUUGGCUUGGUACUUUUGCUACUGCAGAGGAUGCUGCUAGAGCUUAUGAUAAAAAGGCUGUAGAAUUUAGAGGUGAAAAGGCGAAAACCAACUUUCCUAUUGAGGAAUAUAUUGAUGGUGUAGUUACUAAUGAUCAGAACAAGACACCAAUGGUAGUAGUGGAAGAUGAAGAAGCAGUACAAAAUGUGAUGAAUGGUGCUGAGGUGGCGGCAGUGGGUGCUGUUAAUAAUACUAAAAAUGCUGUUGAAAACGGUAUGGAAAAUGACAAGGAUGACUUUUGGGAAAAUUUGGAAGAGGAUGGACUUGUCAAAAUGAUAACAAGGACUUGUUAAUUAGCUUACGGUUGUCGUUUUCAGAUCUCA